UUUCGUGAUUAGUUUUCUUAGCAACUGUCAAUUUGUGGUUUGGAGAUCUCUGAAAGCGUGGUUUACUGAUGUCUGCCAAGUACAAACGGAAAAUACUCCCUUUCCCAAUUGAAUGUGUAUCAUCUCCCUGGUGUAUUAUUUCGCUGUUUAUUGAGUACGUGCGUGUUCAAGCAAAAUGUCAGGUUAUGGAUGGCGAAGAAGGGGAAGUUCAUUGGAAGUCAAGAUUCAAACGCAAACUGAUGAAGUUAUCUUUAGUAAUGAAUAACACGAAGAAAUUAGUCCGUGUUUGGAGCUGAAGGCACACCUGCGACUAGAGCAAUUUUUGCGUUGUUCGGAAUUGGUUUAAACGUCGACAAAGGACUACUGCUUUAGAAGAUAACCUAUAGUACACACAAGUAUCCAUAUAAUGGAGGACGAAGAUCUAGAGGAAAUGAGAGCUUUACGAGCUUCUUCACGCUACGCAUCGCCUUCAACUUCAGUCAAGUCUGCAGGAUUUGGAAGUUUCGUAACAUCACGACCAAAUAGCUCACGUGCGACGCCAUCUUCUACGACUGCAUCAAAAGACUCGAGGAAGCAUGAAAAGGCCCCAGCAGCUGAUAACCAAAAACCUGAGGACACACCAGAUAUUGCUGCCAUGAUGGGCUUUUCAGGUUUUGGCAAAAAGAAAGCACAGACCUUCAAUGUAGAGGAGAUGUUUGCUAAGGCACGAUCCACUGCACAGCAAGUCUCCCUUGCAAACCAGAAAGAGAAAGUUGUUGAUGGGGAUGAGGAUGAUAAUGAUGCUCCUUUUGUGAUGCUUCCUCCAACAAUGACUCGUAAAUCUGAUAAGACAUCAGAAAGCAAUAAGAAAGAGGACAGUGAUGACGAUGAUGAUGAUGAUUAUGGUGAUGAUAGUGAUAAAAGCAACGAGAGUGUAGAGAAGAGCCUGCCUAUUACUCAUGAAGUGGCACUAGAACAUGGCUCCAAGACUGUGUCAGCUGUGGCCCUUGACCCAUCAGGAUCUCGGCUGGUAACCGGUAGCUAUGACUAUGAGAUCAAAUUUUGGGAUUUCAAUUCCAUGGACUCCAGCCUGCGAGCCUUCCGGACGUUACAACCUUUCGAGUGUCAUCAGAUUAAGUCAGCACAGUACAGCAUUACAGGUGAUGUCCUCCUAGUUGCUGCUGGCAAUGCACAGGCCAAAGUACUUGACAGAGAUGGCUUUGAGGCCUUAGAGUGUGUCAAGGGGGACCAGUACCUGACAGACAUGGGCAACACAAAGGGACAUACUGCAAUGCUCCAUUGUGCCUGCUGGCAUCCCAAGCAAAAAGAACAGUUUAUAACGUGCAGUGAUGAUGGGACUGUUCGAAUUUGGGAUGUAAACUCACCAAAGAAAAACAAGAACGUGAUCAAGACAAAAAAUAAGCAAGGAAAAAAGACAAUUCCUACGAGAUGCUGCUUCAGCAGAGAUGGAAAGCUGAUUGUUGCUGCUUGUCAGGAUGGUUCCAUACAGGCCUGGGACACAAAGCGCAUGUUUGUUCACACUACAUAUCUACAGAGGGAAGCACACAUGUCUGGCAGGGACACUUCUGGCCUUGACUUCUCACUGUCUGGGAAUCUGCUUGUCUCGAGAGGAGGUGAUGACACAGUAAAGACGUGGGAUCUCAGAAACUUUAGAAAACCAGUCAACAUAGCAACUGACUUACCUAACUUCUAUUCCCAGACGUCGUGUCUGUUUAGUCCUGAUGAUCGUCUUAUUGUCACUGGUACAUCAGUCAGAAAAGGAGAGGGUAUGGGCAAGCUGGUUUUUCUCGAAAAAGAUACCCUGAACAUUGCCUACCAGUUUGAGGUUGCAGACUCUAGUGUUGUAAGCUGCAUGUGGCAUCAAAAGCUGAAUCAGAUUAUUGUCGGAACAAGCGACGGAAAAGUCAAGGUGUACUUUGACCCUAACCGCAGCAAUAAGGGUGCAAUGUUGUGCGUGGGAAAGACGCAACGAAAGAAAGUCCUCAGAGAUAUGGUCCUUCCUGAUCACAUAAUCACACCGCACGCGUUGCCGAUCUACCGCCAGAAGCAGCCAAGAAACAUGAAGAAGGUGAAAGAAAGCGAUCGUAAAGAUCCCAUCAAAUCACGGCGACCAGAUUUGCCCAUGACAGGCCCAGGUAAGGGAGGGCGCGUCACAUCAGGAAUGUCGCUAUCAGCAUUUGUAGUCAAGAACCUUGCUCUUGAAAAGAUGGACGAUUCACACCCUCGCGAGGCUAUACUCAAGCAUGCAGAGGCUGCAAAAGAUGAUCCUUACUGGGUAUCUCCAGCCUAUAAAACGACACAACCAGAAACAAUAUUCCAGGAGCCUGAAGAGGAUUCGGAAGAAGAUGAAGACGAGGAUCGAAGAAAGAGGAUGAAAAUAGUGUGACAUAUUGACAGCAGAUCGUAUGCCUUGUGGUAUUACUGAUACAUAAGCAGAAAGUGCAUGUUAACAUUAUUAUUGAACAUAAUCAUUUUCAUGAGACCCUUCACGUGCAUAUAUCGGUAGAGGGCAGUACUUGGUAUAUAAAUAAAUGCUUAUAUCUAAUAAUUUGAUUUGAAAUUCUAUCAAAGCUGUCGCACACUUAUGGCUUGACUGCUAAGUUUUAUGGAACUUUAAUAGCUAAAGUAAUAUUUCUACUCUUUUACAUGAAAAUUUGUUCACAUAGGGUAUGAAUCCUGUCAGUAGGGGGGAACCUACAUUAUAACAUUGUGUGGACUGAUGACAUUCUUUGCUGCAAAUUAUAAUGCAUUUUAAAUUAAUAACUAUAUUCAAUAAUUAUCAUAGCACAGCCCUCCUCCCCACGCUUCGUAGUUGACACCAGCACAAUUGCAAUUGUGUAGCUACAGUGUCACUUCAAAUGUAGCACAGUACACAAUGAAUAAAAGGUCUGAACAACUGCGUAGGAAACUACAAACAGCGUUCAAGUAUAAUGGUCAACAGCCAAUUCUGAAUUCUGAAAAGUGAAUUGUGAUUGUUCAUUUACAAAAUGACGAAAUGUCACAAACUAAAAAGAGCAAGCAACAGCUGUUUUCACAACCUUUGGCACCUUUACUUAAAGUGGAUAAAUACAACUGACAUGUAUUCAGGAGACAACGUUUCUGUAUUUAAUCAGAUUUGACUGCAUUAUUUUAAAAUAAAUGACAUGUUUACGUA